AUACCCCCGAUACCCUGGCAUGCCAACGGCUGGUACUGGGUCUUCGCACUCUUGACUGAAUGCGAAAAAUCGGAGAACAGGAAGGUUCUCUUUGCUGUCUCAACGGCGGUGCAGGACAUCCAAGGAGAGACGAAGAAUGCGGUCUUUCGUCGAAUUGGGCAAACUCUAUUUCCGGAGUAUUACAAGCAGGAUAGCGGGACCCUUACAAACAGGAUUCGGGCUCAGAUUGAAAGUUUGACCUCCAUGUACCGCGAACACUCAAAAUGGCUCAAAGUGACCGGGGGAGGGAAGGGAGGCAACGACGAGUCUCCCGUGGAGCAGGAUGUCUACCUGAGUGGCUGGUACAUCCACUGA